AUCGUUGAUCUUUAAAAAUUAAUUACUCUUCUGAUCCUGGGGUGUGUAACGUUAAAAUAUGUGCGUUGUAUUGUUUUUGACGUUUGUUUUAACUCACCCCUUUCUGGACAUUUAUCUGUAUAAUAAAAACAUGUAAUUUGGGGCACUUCUGGCCCGCGGCUGCGUGGUGCAGCCCUGCUCCGACGUGUGUGAAUGUAUGGUUGGUGAAUUACUCCACUUUACGUCAGUUACAACCGACUAACGGCUCCCCGCCACUCAACAUCAUGAGCGAGCUGAAGGACUGUUCCCCGCUGAAAUACUACGACUUCAAGCCCGUCGAUCAUGUCAGGUUGUGCCCCCGUUACACCGCCGUGCUGGGCCGCUCAGAGGACGAUGGCAUCGGCAGUGGGGAGCUCGAUACCCUGCAGCUGGAGCUGGAGACGCUUCUGUCUUCAGCCAGCCGCCGCCUGCGAGCCCUGGAAGAGCAAAGACAGAUCCUCACAGAUUGGCAAGACAAAAAAGGAGACAAGCGCUUCCUCAAAAUGGGAAAAGACCCAGAUCCUGCUGCCACACCCCGCCACAAGCCCAAGAAGCAAAAACUGGAUGGGAAGGGAGCUCAUGGACAAGGACCGGGUCCUGGAAGACCCAAAUCCAAAAACCUGCAGCCGAAGGUUCAGGAGUAUGAAUUUACAGAUGACCCACAAGAUAUCCCAUGCACCCCCAAAAAUGAUGCUCCCAACAGAUUCUGGGCUUCGGUUGAACCCUAUUGUGCUGAUAUUACCAAUGAAGAAAUACGGCUGCUUGAAGAGCUACUGAAACCUCUAGAGGACGAGGCUGAGUAUUUUAAAAUUCCGGCGUUGGGGAAGCACUACUCCCAGAGGUGGGCUCAAGAGGAUCUGCUGGAGGAGCAGAGGGAAGGUGCACGAGCCAAUGACAAGAAGAAAGGCAUCAUGGGAGGUCCGCUGUCAGAGCUGGAUGCCAAAGAUGUAGAUUCUCUGCUGAAGAAGUCCGAAUCUCAGCACGAAUCACAAGAAGACGGCUGUCCGUUCGGCCCUCUCACUCAGCGCCUCCUCCAGGCUCUCGUAGAGGAGAACAUUAUAUCCCCCAUGGAGGAUUCUCCUAUUCCUGACAUUUCUGGAAAAGAUGCCGAUGGUGCUGGGACGUCCCCUCGAAGUCAAGGAAAAGCUUUCAGUGUUCCUCACACCCGCUCCUUGGAGGCACGGAUCAAAGAAGAGCUCAUAGCCCAGGGACUGCUGGAUCUGGACGAGCGACCUGGACAAGGAGGAGACUCGGAGGAUGAAAUCCUGGCAGAGCUGCAGAAGCGACAAGCGGAGCUGAAAGCCCUGAGUGCCCACAACAGAGCCAAGAAGCAGGAACUGCUUCGGUUGGCAAAGGAGGAAAUGCACAAGCAGGGACUGAGGCAGAGAGUGAGGGUGGCAGACAAUGAGGUGAUGGAGGGAUUUCGGAGGAUCAUGGCCGCCAGGCAGAAGAAGCGCACUCCAACGAAGAAGGAGAAAGACCAGGCCUGGAAAGCACUGAAGGAGAGAGAAAGCAUCCUGAAGCUUUUAGACAGCUAGAGGUUUCAUGUGACUAUUUUUUUUUUUUAAUCCAAAAAGAAAAGAAGAGAACGUCUUCACACAUUCACACAACACUCGUUUUACAGUCCAGGUAGAGAUCUCGUAGCUGUUUUAACUGCAUGCAGAGGAAACCCAUUUGUUUAGAACGUGUUUUUUUAUACUCAUUGGAUUUUUGUUCUCUAUGAAAAUUUAUAUGUUUCUCUUUUUUUAUAAUCAUUGUAAUGCCAUCACGACAAUAAACAUCCAUUGGAGUUCA